UCCCGGGCACUUCGAAUCUCGACUUUGAGAAUCCAAACGAAACCAGAGGUUCUUCCUCGCGGAGCCGCCCGUCGCUCGCCUCCCCCUACCCGGGAUCUCCCGCAGCUGCCAUGGCCGGCCUCCCAGACGACGCCGCCCGGCAAAGCCAGGCUCACGGGCGCGGCUCGGUGCCCCUUUCAUUCCCUUCCCAGCCGCCGGACAUCAGAAACUGGUUCUCGAGUUACCAGUACGAGUCGCCGGAGGUCCCCGAGCUGGAUGCGGCUCUUGGUGGCAACGACGGCAGCGAGACCCAAGACCCAUUAGAGAAUCGGCUACCUGGGCUUUCACCUCUGAAAGACACCAGUCAAGAUGGCGGCACUGCAUUGAAAGGGGGCUGUUUUGGGAGCCGAUCUGAGCAGGGUGAGGUUUCUGCUACAAGGGAUAUCCUUCAGCUUGGUAGGAGCACAGUGGAGCAGGGCACAAAAAGGAAGCGAAGCCUGCGGGGGUUGUUUGGGGCAGGUUUUCUGGAUGAUCCUGACGAAGCUGCUCAAACUGAAAAUGCAGUGGUGUCAGUUUUGCACACAAGUGCGGUGGAUCAUAUGUGCAAUUUCAACUGGAUCGGCUUACAGACUAGACAGAACAGCCACGGCGGCGCAGCUGAACACAACGAGCUGCUGGUGGAUAGCGAUAGCACCAUCAUUGCUGAAACUCAAGAAAAGCCCAGAGGAGGUCAGGAGACCGACCACCGUAAAUGGCCAGUUAAUUGUGGUGGUACUUUGAACUGGGUAGGCUUACGAGAUAGAAAGCGCAACUACGAAGGCGCAGUUGAACACAGCGAGCUGUUGGCGGAUAGUGACAGCACCAUCAUAGCUGAAACUCAAGGAAACCCCCAAGCAGGUCAGGAGACGGACCACAACAAUGUGCGAGUUAAUUGUGCUGUUAACUUCAACUGGAUAGGCUUGCAAAAUACAACGCACAACUUUGAAGGUGCAGUUGGAGACAGCGAGCUGCUGGCGGAUAGUGACAGAACCAUCAUAGCUGAAACUCAAGAAAAUUUCCAAGCAGGUCAGGAGAUGGACCAAAACAAAGGGCGAGUUAAUUGUGCUGUUAACUUCAACUGGAUAGGCUUAAGAAAUAGAACUCACAACUUUGAAGGUGCCGUUGAACACAGCGAGCUGCUGGCGGAUAGUGACGGCACUAUUAUAGCUGAAACUCAAGAAACCUCCCCAGGUGGUCAGGUGAGCAACCACAGCAAACGCCUAGUUAAUUUUGGUGGUACUAGUUUAGCUGAUAUUGAAGAAGGUUUCCUAGAAGAAGGUAUUGAGCACAGCAACCUGCCAGUUAAUUCUCAUAGCAAAGGACUAGCAGAUGUUGAGAAACCUAAACGAAAUCUGCGGGAUUUGUUUGGGGCAGGAUUUUUUGACGACCCUGACAAAGCUAACGACUCUGAAACUCACCUGGAGUCUGCUGUACAGAGAAAUACAGUGCAGCCUCUGUCAAAAAGCAAUGCUGUACGCUUACCUCAUAUAAAACACGUCCAUGAAAGCACAGCCGGAUACAGCGAGUUACUGGUGAAUUGCGACGUUGUCAGUUUGGGUGAAACUCAAGAUCUCCCAGGAGGUCAGGUGAUCGAACACAAUGGACUGCCAGUUAACUGUGGUGCUACAGGUUUAUCAGCAGAUACUGAAGGUUUCCUUGAAGAUGGCAUUGAACACAGCAAACUGCCAGCUAAUUCUGAUAGUACAGGUGCAGCUGAUAUUGAGAAAACUGGCAUCAAACACCUCAUACUGCAUGCUAAUCAUAGUGGUAUCUGUUCGGCUCUCACUGAAGAAAGGUCUGGUGGAGAUGAAACCAACUGCGCAAAGUCUAUUCUGAAUCAUAGGAAAGCAGAAGCAACGGUUGCAACAGAUGGUUUCAUUGCCAUCGGGAAAAAGCUGAAGUCUAUAGAGGAAUGCAGGGUAAACAAAAUCCCUAAGCCCUCAAGGGCACGAGAGAUGGUGACUUUGCAAGAGAACCGUGGAAUUUUGGGGACUCAGAAUGCUUCAGCCCGAGAUCACACAAGAAGCCCCUUAUCAGAUAGGACUAAUCUUUCAGAAGUUGCAGGAGCCCCAGAACCAGAGAUCACCGGGAAAUGGAAGUGCCCUCGCAAAGGCAAGCCCUACGUUGCCCCUCCAAUGAAACAGCUGCGGUUGGAACAAUGGGUGCGCAGAACGAACUAAUAUUUUUACAUUGUUAGUUUUAUCAAGGAGACUUUGCAUCAGGGCGAAGCCUUCAGUGCUUGCCUGACCAAUUAGUUGCCAUGUUCCGCCUUUGGAGUUCGAUCAGAACCUGCCGCUAGCCUGCUACAUUCAUCUCUCGUGAUAUCUGCAGCUGACUGAAUGUAGACAAACUGAGAAACCUUGCAAUGCGUGUUUCAGUUGCCAUUUAUCUCGUACUACCUGUUAUACAGCCUUCAAAGUUGCACGACAUAAUCUGUUGCUCCCACCA